UGUAUAAAUAGAUGGUCGAUUCUAAAGCUUUCCAUUCCAUUUGCAACUAGCAAAGAUCAAUAUCAAGAGGAACUAAGGACUACAGAUCAAGCUUGGAGAAAAACCCGUCACAAAGCAAAUAUGGUCGAGUUAAUUGAAAUCAGCGCGUGCGCUCGAAUGGACAUCCCCAAGCACAGACUUAGCAGAAGCGGAAACCUCUUCGUGGCAGACUUGCCGGAGGGCGAGCCUGGUCGUCAAAUUCCUGUAGAGUUUACCGGGAGCCAUCGGGGCUACAAAACAGUAUUUUACAUAGAAAAAUCUUAUAACCAUGGGGCAAAUACUAUAAGGUAUGACUUGGAUGGCAGCCAUUACUAUCUAUGUGUAGAGGGGAACAGGGUGUUUUUACAGUUGGGUGCCCAUCAGCCUGAUGAAAUGAAAUACAUGUUUGAAGUUCAAAAUGUCAACAAAGAUAGUGAUUUCAUGUCUAUUAAGUCUAAAUACACUGGGAGGUACCUUGCCAGUGAUGAAGAUGGCGAGGCAUUCAUGGAGGAAGUGGAGCCUUCCUUAAUGAAAGACGACCAGCCCACUGACAGACAAACAUGGUUCCUUAUACACUUUGUGGAAACAGUGGAAAUAGAAGGAGAAAGUAAAUUAUACAGUUGUAACUUUGAGAGCACAAGUAUUGACUAUUCUGUCACAUGUCAGGCUCAAGUGGAAGCCUGUUAGGUGUAAAUAUGUUUCAAUGUAAAAAUACAUGUACAGGAAUAGAAAAGGAGAAUUUUAAAAUAGGUUUUUCUUUUCAUCCUGGGACGGUUUGUUCCAUGUUCUAUUGAUUUAUUUUUGUAAAAAGUUUGGAUUUAUUUCUUGUACACUGUAUAUUCACUUCUUUCCAGCUUAAUAGUUUUUAUUAGUUUGUGAUACUUCGCAAUGUAGGUGAGAAGGAAGCAAGUAAUUCAUGAUUGUUAACUGGUGAAAGAGACUGGAAUAGAUUCAAUAUUUGUUUUUUUGCAAAAUGUAGGAUAUUUCAUGUAGCUCUACAUUUUAAGAUACUGCCUUGAUAUGUUAUCAAGCAUUGCUACAUAUGUUACUUUAAUAGCUUCCAAUAACAUGGCUUAAAUUAAGGAAAUAUUGCUUAUAAAGUUCUAGGUAAUAUGUAAGUUGUAACUGUUACCGUAACCAGAAUGUGUUUUACUCUACGAGUACCAGUAUAUUUCUAAUAAAAGCAUUAUAAGUGGA